CGGGGGGGGGGGGGGGCGGCGGCGGCGUGGCCCGGGAUGGGACCGGUGCUGGCAGCACCUGGCCCUGCCGCUGCGCCUCGGGAAGGGAGAAGGCGCAGGAGGGGGAAAAAUUGACAAUUUGGGGCAGGCAAAGAGGGGAGGGAGGGAGGUUUUUUGGGGGGUGGGGGGGGUGUGGAAGCACCGCCACCAUUAUCCGUCCCCGCUCCGAAAGUCGCUUCCCCGCCUCCCUGCCGGAGCCCCGGGCGGGCGGGCGGGCGGCGGGGCGAGGAAAGCCUGAGGAAGUGCGGGGUGAAAAACAAAAAAACCAACAGCCCCCCCUCCCCCCAAACAACAACAAAAAAAACCCAACAGAAAAAACCAAACCCCAACCAACCGAAAAAAAAAAGCCCAACACAACCCCAGAGAAAGGAGAAAACAGGCGGGCAGGGCUCGCCCGGCCGCCGCGGAGCGGCCAUCUCGGCUUUGGAGCGGGGCCGCAUCCAUGGAGUUCCCGGGAGGGUGUUCCUGAGAGAAGGGCCCGGGCCGGCGCGGCCCCGGCAAUGACACCGGAUUGAGGCGGCCGAGGGGGGCUCUGCCGGCCGGGGACUGCGGGAGCAUCCCCCCGCCCCCCGCCUCCUUCCCCGCCCGUAACCCGAGAGACAGCCUCAACUCUUGGAGGACACUCUCCUGGCAAAGAUGGAAGAAAAACGCCGCAAGUACUCGAUCAGCAGCGACAACUCGGACACCACCGACAGUCACACCACAUCUGCCUCCAGGUGCUCCAAAAUUCCCAGCACCAAAUCUGCCUGGUCACGCCAGAAGGAGAAGAAGCCCUCUGAGGUUUUCCGUACGGAUCUGAUAACAGCCAUGAAGAUCCCCGACUCCUUCCAGCUGAGCCCUGAUGAGUACUACAUCCUGGCUGAUCCCUGGAGGCAGGAGUGGGAGAAGGGUGUCCAGGUGCCAGCGAGCGCCGAGGCCAUCCCAGAGCCCGUGGUCAGGAUCAUACCCCAGCUGGAGGGCUGCCCUGCACAGCUGCCACCAGCCGGCCUGCCUGGCUCUGAGCUCUCGGAGGCGAGCAGGACCUGCCUGCAGGGCAUGAGCCGCUACGACCUGGACGAGCUCGAUGCCUGCUGGCUGGAGCUGGUCAAUAUGGAGCUGAAGGAGAUGGAGAAGCCGGAGCUGGACGAGGUGACGCUGGAGCGCGUGCUGGAGGAGCUGGAGACGGCGUGCCAGGAGAACAUGGCGCUGGCCAUCGAGACGGAGGAGGGGCUGGGCAUCGAGUACGACGAGGACGUGGUGUGCGACGUGUGCCGCUCGCCCGAGGGCGAGGAUGGCAACGAGAUGGUCUUCUGCGACAAGUGCAACGUCUGCGUGCACCAGGCCUGCUAUGGCAUCCUGAAGGUGCCCAUCGGGAGCUGGCUGUGCCGGACCUGCGCCCUGGGCGUGCAGCCCAAGUGUCUGCUGUGCCCCAAGAGGGGGGGAGCGCUGAAGCCCACCCGCAGCGGGACCAAGUGGGUCCACGUGAGCUGUGCCUUAUGGAUACCUGAGGUUAGCAUUGGCUGUCCUGAGAAAAUGGAGCCCAUUACAAAGAUCUCCCACAUCCCAGCGAGCAGAUGGGCUCUGUCCUGCAGCCUCUGCAAGGAGUGCACUGGGACCUGCAUCCAGUGCUCCAUGCCCGCCUGCGUCACCGCGUUCCACGUCACCUGCGCCUUCGACCACAGCCUCGACAUGAGGACCAUCCUGGCCGACAACGACGAGGUCAAGUUCAAGUCCUUCUGCCUCGAGCACAGCGCCGGAGCCGCCAAGCUGCCCGAGGAGGCGCGGACAGAGCCGGACCAAGCCCAGCUCGACCUGGAGAAGGUCACGCUGCGGAAGCAGAAGCUCCAGCAGCUGGAGGAGGACUUCUAUGAACUGGUGAAGCCCGCAGAGGUGGCAGAGAGCCUUGACCUGAGCGAAUCCCUGGUGGAUUUUGUCUACCAAUACUGGAAGCUGAAGAGGAAAGCAAAUUCCAACAAACCACUGCUGACACCAAAAACAGAUGAAGUGGACAACUUGGCCCAGCAAGAGCAGGAUGUCCUCUACCGACGCUUGAAGCUCUUCAUGCACCUCAGGCAAGACCUGGAGAGGGUCAGAAACCUCUGCUACAUGGUGACCAGGAGGGAGAAGAUGAAGCACACCAUCUGCAAGCUGCAGGAGCAGAUCUUCCAUCUCCAGAUGAAGCUGAUUGAGAAGGAUCUUUACCCAGAGCAAACUGGGAAGAAGACAAAGGGUAAGAAAAGUGACCCAAGAAGGAAAGGAAGAGAUGGUAGAAAAAAUAGUCCUGAGAAGAAAGAGAAAAGGAAAUCAGUCAACGAAACUGUGUUGGGACAGCUGGGCCUGUCCACCUCCUUCCCCAUCGAUGGGACCUUCUUCAACAGCUGGCUGGCGCAGUCGGUGCAGAUCACUGCCGAGAACAUGGCCAUGAGCGAGUGGUCCCUCAACAACGCCCACCACGAGGACAGCACCCCCGGCCUCUCCGAGGAGCUCCUGCAGGAUGAGGAGACCUUGCUCAGCUUCAUGAUGGACCACUCCCUCAGGCCCCCAUUCAAGCAGAGCGAGGCCACGAGGAAGGUGAAAAGCAAAACGAGAACGAACAGUAAGAAAAAGCUGCCCAGGAGCGGCGACCCCAGCGUGGGGGGCAGCCAGCAGGAGAGCUCGGAGCCCUGGACUAACGACGGCAGCGACUGGUCGGAUGACGCCACCCGGUCCGCGUUCACCCCGGGCUCCGUGCCCAGCAGGUCAGAGAAGGGGGCAGGGAAGCUUCCCGGGGACCGCAGAGGGCCGGGCGAGGCCAAGAAGGCGGCCAAGAAGGGCACGGCCCCAAAGGGCGGCGAGCCCCAGCCCCCGGCCGGGCCGAGGGGCUGCAGCGCCCAGGAGCCGGAGCCCAGCGCCGCCCAAGUGCCUGAGUCCGCCGGGAGCCCCAAGGCCGCCCUGCGCUUCAGGCCGCCCAAGGAGGCGCGGGGGGCUCGGAGGCCGCCGGCUGGCAAGGCGGGGGGCGCCGCGCUGCGCCUGGCGCACACGGACCUGGCGCACACGGACCUGGCAGCCACGGACCUGGCGCCCACGGACGGGUACUGCUCCGACGCCGAGAUGAGCGACUCGGAUGGCGAGCCCCGCGGGCGCCGGGCGCAGCGGGCACAGCGGGCACAGCGGGAGGCGGCCGGCGAGGACAUCGUCAGGAUGAGCAUCCUGGCCUCCUAACUCCUGCCGCGCCAUGGGGAGGCCCCGGCCCGGCCACAACUGCCAUGCCCGGUGCCCGCCCGGUGCCGUGGCCGGGGGGUUUUUAACCUGUACAUAGCUGGGACCUCGGCACUGGUGUCUCUCUCUUCCCUACACGCCUGAGAUGCAGCUUCAGCUUCGCCGCCAUCGAGGACCCUGCCAGCCGCGCUCCCUGCCUGGCUCCCGGCCAGACCCUGCUCCCUGGCAGGACCCAUGCUGAGGGUGCUGAGAGGCUGGAGGGUGCUGGUCCCCCUUGCUUUCUGCAGGGCUGGCAGGUUAAUUAAUGGGCAUUAUUUAACGAGGUUGCAGAGCCCUGCCCGGGCCGGUUGGAGCCCCGGAGCAGGGCGCCAGCGGAGGGUUGGGUAGCUGUGGGAAGGGCCUCUCCCACCGGUGUGCGUCUGCAGGAGGAAGGAAGAGAAGCGAUGCUCAAAUAAAUGAUGACUAAAGCACAAACAGCUCGUGGGGUGGAGGAGAGCAAUGCUACCUUCCUGGGCUUAGAGGAGAGCACCCCUUGGUCGUUACUGCCCCUUCAUUUCCCAUCGGGCUGGGAUCCCUGCGGGGGGCCAUCCCUGCCCCAGGGUGAUUGAAGCGGUGAGAAGCAGCGUAGUGAUUAACUCAGGUGAAUUGAUCAGCCGGCAGCAAGCUGGGAAGUGGAGGUGUGAGGCAGGCUGCAGGAGAAACACAUCCUCGAGACAACACCCGGGGCGGGGGAGGGAGCUGCUUCGACCGGGAGGUGGAGCGACGAGUUCCUU